UCACAUUGUUGCAUUUUUCGUUGAAUAACACAUGUCGCACACAUGUUCACAAGUUUUAUGACUCAUUCCACUGUGUUAGAAUGUCAAAAUCUCUUCGUCGAGUCAUCAACAAUCGUCUCAAACAUCAUUUAAUCGUCUAGACUCCAGACUAACUCGUUCUGAACAUCGGAAAUUUCACGAGAUUCACAAAAUUUCGUACAACAACGUGUGAAAUAAGACGGGAGGGUCUUCAGUGGUAAAUCAUUGAGAAAAAUCCAUCGAGAGAAUGUUACCAGGUGCUCUCGUCAUAAUUUAUUACGUCGUUAAUUCCCUAAUUUCUUUGGCUUCUGCGCAAUAUUGCGAGUUUGGCCUGUGCUCCAGCAAGGAAUACUGCUGUGGAAAUAAUGAGUGCUGCACAGAGUUCAAUACUUGGUUGUUGAUCGGUUGUUUACUAAUGGCACUAACAAUUCUCUCAGUUGGCUGUGCCUGCAUCUACCGGUACUAUUGCCUCCUCCCCACCCUCAAGCGCACCAACUCGAGAUCGAAAUUAGUCUACACCUGAAUCAUCAAAAAAUCCGGAAUUGGUUCAUUUGAUUUUGGGGACGUGAGGAUUUCUAGGCUCUCUGCUGAGAUCCACAUUGAGAAUAACUCAGAGUGGAAUGGGUUUAGCGAAUAAUGUCAGUAAACCAUUUUUGUGGAGAAUUUAAUUCUGUACAAAAAAAUUUUGAAUAGAUUUUUUGAUAGACCCAAUAGUUUUUUAAAUAUCCACGAAAAGAAGAGAAUGAAAUUCCCUCAUUUUUGGGUACGAAUUUCUGGAAUUGAACAUUACGUUCAUUAGAACGUAAUUAAGAAUAACUCAGGGAGGAGUGAGUCUAGACAAAAAUGUCAUAAAACCAUUUUCGUGGAAAAGUUAAUUUUCUACAAAAUGGAUUUUAACACAUUUUUCGAUAGACUCAUUAGUGUUUGAGAUAUUCACGAAACGAGAAGAAUGAAAUUUUCACAUUUUGAGAUGUGAAUUUGUGUAAUUGAAGAUUACGCUCAUUAGAAAGUCGAGAAUAAGUCAGGGAGGAGUGGGUCUAGGAAAAAAUGACAUAAAACCAUUUUCGUCGAGAAAUUAAUUCUGUACAAAAAAGGCUAUAACACAUAUUUCGAUAGACUCAUAAAUUUUUGAGAUAUUCACAAACUCAGAAUAAUGAAAUUUUCACAUUUUGGGAUGUGAAUUUGUGGAAUCGAAAAUGACAUUAAUUAGACCGUAAUUGCCCCUCUUACGAGAGGCUUCAGGAGAAAAUGGGAGACUCAAAUUCCCCACAAACCAUUGUCCCUGACAUUUUCCCCAAAAUCCACCCAGAAGUCCUCGAAAUAGCAAUGUCACCGGGAAAAAUACCCCGAAAAAUCUCGAAUAAUUAAUUCCUCAAAUAAUCAUCAACUUUUGUAAACUCAUUGUAAGCCUGCAUUUAUCCAAUAACAAUAAAAGCAUAUAAUGAUAAUGAGAGCUGACGUCACUGGUAUCUGUAAAUACACAAGGAGGGUCAGACUGUAAAAAUCAAUAGACAGAGGGGCGCAAUGUCAUGUGUCCUAUGUAUAUAAAAAGCUCUCAGUACUCAGUGGCGGGUGGAAGGAUCAAGAUGGCCGUGGAUGGCUGUAGUAUUAAUAACAAUGCGUUAAAAUUCAACAAUUUGUGAUUGCAAAUGUGGUUUCAAAUACUGAGGUAUCAUGCUAUCAAGGGGUAUUAAAAGAGUGGCCAUUGUCGCUGGAUUGUCCGAGUGUUUAAUUUAUGCUGAAGCCAAAUACUGUGCCUUUGAGAUAGGGGGUAAUCCAAAAUAUUAUGUAUGUCCAAAAAACGAACACUGCUGUAAUUUCGGCUGCUGCGUGUCCCCGGGUUUCCAGAUAUACCACUUGUGGUACUACUGGCUACUCGUCAUAAUUAUGUUCCUGGUGUGCUCUGGGGGUGGCUGGUGGUACAGGUAUUGGCUCCAAGGACGAUAUCGAGCUGCAACGUCCGUGAUACCCACGACCACGAGGUCAUCACACACUAGGACUCACAGUAUUCCUCAGCGUGGUUCAUUAUGCCAGGGGCAGCAGGCCAGUAUCAGUUAUAAUUCAUCGAGAAAUACUGUCUUUCUUCAUCGAAUGUGGAAAGGUCCACACAGAGGCAUCCCCGCCUCACCCCCUUAUACCUCCACCCCUCCCUCCCACUCCACCCCCUACCACCCCCCAAACAUAGUCCUGAAUGAUUUAAACUGUCCCUAUUACCAGCUCUACGGUCCACCCCCCAGCUACGACACAGUAAUAGCCCAAUCCCGUGUUAAAAACAACCCCCUACCCCUCCCCCUCCACCGCACCGAUAAUUCCCGAACUGCUCAACCCUGCACCCACCACCCCUACAGUGGCCAGCAGCUCCACACCUGUGAUUACUAUCAGUCACGUGAUAGCCACAACUGCCAGCAUCACUGCAGCCACCAAGAGGAUGCAUCAGCAACGGAAUUAAAUACACAGUUACCACAAUUAAAUUCCUCGAUCAAUGAGAGAUCAUCAUCAGUGAUUAAUCCAUCCGACAAUGUGAUAUUAGAUGCGCUUAACAAUCAUUCGAUUCAGUAUAAUUUACGUGGUAUAGCUCAAACUAAUGACCAACGACCCUCGACGUCCACCGACAGUCGGGGAAUUUUUCAUUUUGAUAUUUCAAAGCACAAGGGAGCGAUUGGGAGGUCCAAGUCACUUGAUUAAGGAUUUUUUUUCGGGAGAUCUGCUUGGUGGGGUUAGGGAUGGAUUUAGAGAAAUGUCAAGGGACUUUUUUGUGGGGAAUUUUUACAUGAAAUUGUUCCCACGGUGGGAGUGUGAUGAAAUGAGUUGAAGAUGGUUUGAGCAUUUUUAAUUAUUUUUCAAAAAUGUUGAAAACGCCAGGUGAAGAGGACAGGGUGGCCGCCAUCUUGCAAGUCCAGAGAACAUGGUGGCGCCCAGGCUUGGUAUCCGCCUUGCAUUUUUUUGCCAAAAAAAUCUUUUGACAUUGUCUCCUGGGAUCAAUGGUUACCGGAAUAAUUAGGGAAAUACGUUCUGUUGAUUUUUUUGAGUGAGACGGUCAUUAUUAAACGUCAAUUAUCUUGACGAUGAGUGGUUUUAUCGAAAAAUGUAAAAAAGCAUUUUUUGUGGCGAAUUCCAUUCUCUACAUGAAAGUUAUUCUAACGUUUUCUCCGAAACCCACUCAUGACCGAGAUAAUUCAGAAAAUACUUUUUGUUGUCUUUUCGAUGUGUUCAAACAUCAAUCAUGUGUUCAAUUACAUCAAGAAGGAGUGGUUUUAGGGGAAAACGUAUAAGGACCUUUUUUGUAGAACACACAAGUCCCCACAAAAAGGUCUUCUGAGUUUUUCCGCUAAAUCCACUCCCUGCCGAGAUAUUCGCAAAACAAUGGCCACCAAUUCAGUAGUAUGAAUUUCACGUGAAUAAUUGACUCCAGGGCACUAAUUGAUUCUUCAAUUAACUAAUGCUUGAAAGUAAAAUACUCCAUCAACCCAAUGACUAUCAAAGUCAUCAAGCUCUUCGCACACUUCCGAAUUUACAAUCCAAAAAUAAUUUUUUUUCUAUUUUUAUUAAUUAAUCAAUUAGGAAUUAAUUCAAAAUCGAGUGGAUCUUCAUGAAUUUCUAAAAAAUAAUUGUCGUAGUCGCACAGCUGUAUUACCGCCAAUAAGCCGACCAAUCAUAACUAUUGGCAAUUAGUGUGAAAUUACUAUCUCACACUGAUUAAUAUUUCGUUCUAAACACGUGCCAAUGAAAUAAUUAAUUAAAAAUAUUUUAAAAAAUGCCUGCAGAAAAAAUAUCAAAGGAUUUAAAUUACAAGUCGCAUCAGACUCGAUGGAGAACUUGCAUGACUUUUUGUAAUUUUUUCUUCAUUUCCAGAUCAUAAUCCCAAUAAAACAAUCUAAAUAUUAUAAAAUACCUAGGGCAUGCUCACAACACCUUUUGCCAUUCGGCAUUCAAUUCCGAUAAAAAAAAUCAUAAAUAUAGGAAUAAGGUAACAGAACCGCAUGCAAGUUCCCCAUUUUCUUAAACCCUUACAAAUAUGUUCUUACGAGCUGUCCGAUUGAAUCACUAAUUAAGGAAAAAAAUUGAUGUAUAAAAAAAAAUCAAUCUAAGAGAAAAUUUAUUUUUUACUAUCGAAAAAAAAACCUAAAUACUAGAAGAACAAAUUACGAAUCGAAGAUCAUUAUUUCGUCUCUCAGUGUAAUCAUGUAAUUUGUUCUACAUUAUCUACCUAACAGAUUGUAAUUGUGGAUGGAUAAUAGUGAAUAAAUAAAGAAUAAACAAAGUA